UUCGUUAAAUAUAAUAAAAACGCGUUGCGGCUCGGAGCUCAAAAGUUCUCUGGCAGUCGAGUCAUGGCGCUCUCAAAUACUCAGAUUAGGCUGAGGGCUUUCUUAGCCGUGUUGCUGCUGCUGUUCUCCAGCCCCCUGUUGCUGCUGAUUGCAUUGAUAUACCAGAUAUGCCAAAUCAGCCUGAGAUCGAUGUCUACGAAAUCCAUAAAAGGCGAAGUGGCGUUGGUAACUGGAGCUGGUCAUGGACUUGGACGUGCGAUAGCCCUAGAGCUGGCUAAGCAGGGCUGUCAUAUAGCCAUAGCUGAUAUUAAUUUGGAGGGCGCUGAAGAAACAAGGCGACAAAUCAAUGAGGCUUUCCCGGUGCGCAGCAAGGCAUAUAAGGUGAAUGCGGCUAACUAUAGCGAGCUGAGUGAGCUGAAAUCGAAUAUACUGAAAGAUCUUGGACCGGUAACGAUAUUAAUAAAUAAUGCUGCAAUUCUGCUGCUCGACAAUCCCAUGGAUCCUGAUCCCAAGGAUAUUCAGCGCAUGAUCGAUGUCAACUUUUCAUCUCAUUUUUGGACAAAAAAACUGUUUUUGCCCCAAAUGAAGGAGCUGAACAAAGGGCACAUUGUCAGCAUAAGCUCCUGCAGCAGCAUCUUGCCCUUUCCCUAUAACAGCGCUUAUUGCUCCACCAAGUUUGGGGUCACAGAUCACAUGAGGGCGCUGCGCCUGGACUUGGCCUUUGAGAAACAGCAAAACAUCCACGUGCUAACGGUUUUGCCCUGGUUUCUUCAAACCAACAAAGAAGUCUGCGAUUUGAAUGAAAUGAUUAACUUCAGCGAUUUUUAUCCUCUCAUCAGAGGCGACAGUGCCGCCCGUCGCAUCGUUAAGGGUAUUCUAAAUAACGAGCGUGAAAUCUUUUUGCCCGAUUUCGUCUCCCUCUUAUAUCGUCUACUACAUCUGUUUCCGCUUAGCUGUCAGGAGAAAGUAUUUCUAUUAUUGGCAAGAAGAAAAAUUGAGAUGAUGGUCAAAGUACGACCCUAAGCUAGUGCUAUAUCAAAAUUAGUUUUCGGUAACAACUAAAUUUCGAUGAAAAGUUUUAUAUUAUCUAUUUUGUGAUUCUUUUCUUUUUAUACAUUUUUUAUACUUUUUAUACAUUGCAAAAUAAA